CUGCCCAACGAGUCACUUACCGCGAUAUUCGAGCACCUCUCGCCACACUCGCUCACUCGCGUAAUCCUCGUCUCCCACCGCUGUCGGGCCCUAGCCGAGCGUAUCCUCUAUUCUUCCAUCAUCAUCUCAGAAACCACGACCUUAACCGCAACGCCCUCCGUGCCCCGGCGUACGCUUCGCGUCUGCGAGACCCUGUCCACGUACGGACAUCUCGCGGAAAUAGUUCGGAGAUUCCACAUACGGUGGAACACAGACGCCGUCAAGAACCCGCAAUACCUCCUCGUCAUCGCGCAGAACAUCAUCAAGACGCUCCUCCCCACCUUCGUCCACCUCGAAUCGCUCGAGCUCUCCCUCGGCCUGUCGGAGAUCCUACCGCUGGCGUCAGUAGCCCAUAUCUUUCCAGAUCCGAGUACCGGUGCUGGGUUAUUCACGCUCCCGUUUCUUCGCCAUCUCUUCCUUAGUGGUCUCGGCGCUCCGCCUAUCAGCCUUCUGACGAACCACCCGUCGCUGCAGCAUUUCAGGCUCUUGUCCUAUCCUCACCCUCUUCCAGCUCUUCCUUCUACGUGCCUCAGCAACCUGCAGUCAUUCCGGGGCCACCCGUCCACGGCGGCAUCGCUCCUUCCUGGUCGGUCGGUGGAGAUACUCAGUCUUGUUGGGUACGAUGUUAUAGCGGAGGAUGUGCUGAAGGCGAUGACGGGCGGGCUGAGGCCGGUGAGGACGCUGGAUGUGUCGAGUGUGCCGGUGACGCCGAAGUCGUUGGUCGAGUUGGCGAGGUGGUUUAGUGGGGUGAGGAGUUUGAAGGUGAAGUUGGCGUUGAGGCAUACGUUGCAUUUCGCGUUAUCGGGCAUACGUCUCCUCACAGCCCUGACCACGGUGCUCUCGUUCUUCCCCGAACUAGCCAAACUAGACCUCUCACCCACCGCCUCCGAGGAAAGGUUGUGUAGGGAUUGGGCGAGGGUGUGUCCCGGGUUGAGAGAGGUUGUGUUUCCGUCGAAGAAUGAGUGGAGGUUGAGAAUGGAC